UCAACACCUGAGGAAACUGGCAGAAAAGUUUGAGAACGAAAAGUCCAAUCGUCUUUCAGCUUCCGCCCUCCCUGUGACACUCCAGCCACGGAUGGUGCGUGUUUAUUUGCCUCAUCCACUUUGGGCAUGGCUGUGUAACCAGUGCUCGAUGGCAAAAGUGUGCCUGGGCCUUGAAUGUUUAGGUUUGCCCUCCGGUACUCCUGCCUCCAUGAUGAGGUAUGUAUACCCUGGGUGAAUCCCGGUUCCAUGAUGGAGAGACACAUGGAGCAGAUCUACCCAAGCCCAGCUGAGUCCAGCCAACCUGUGGACCCAUGAAUGAAGAGAAAGAGAUGUCUGUUGUAAGCCACUGAGAGUUGUGGAUUAUUUGUUACAAAGCACCAUCCCAGCAGAGCCUGACUAAUGAGUGUUCGUGGUUUUCUUUACAUGGAACUGCUCCAAUACUCAGAUCUGAUAUGCGUGCACUAAUGCAUAUCACUGAGGAACUUGGAUUUAGUAAACGGUUUUUUUCCCCCUCCAGACUCCUUUCCAUGGUCUCUUCCUGGAGUGUGCAUCUCCUAUAUUUAUAGGACAGUUAACUACAUUGAAAAACUCUGCCUUCUCCCCAGCAAGCCCCUCUGCAGACUCUCAGACCUGCCUGUGUCUGAUAAGGGCUGUUCUUGUCGUGGGAGGACCUCAGCUUUAUGGGGAGGACGAUGAGGCUGGAGCUCAGAGAGAAGGGGGAUCCUCUGAGGCUGCAGCAGCAGGAGCAGAAGGCACAGCCACAGGGCCCUCCGGAAGGAACAGAGAAGAGAGGCGGCUGAAUGCUCGCGCUGCACGAGGACGUCGCAGACCCCAACCGGGAUGUUCUCUGUGAUGUCAGGGAAAGGAGACCCAGUGAUGAGUAAAGAUUGCUCAAGCUGCUCAGAGCCGAGUGGGGGACCUGGAGCCCUGCAGAAGCACUGGCAGAAGGAGGAAGAAAUGUGUCUUGGCUGGAGGCCCACGUUUCGUUCCAGCACAUCUUUUUUACCAAAAGAGCCAUCCCUGGAGCUGCCAACAGUGUUUACAAAAGAGCCGGCCAACAAUGCUUUGGAUCUGGGAGCAUGGCCUGACCACAGACGUGGCCUUCCCCAGCCCGAGAACCAUCCAUCGGAGAGCCUGACACAUGGUUGCGGUGCUUGGAUGACGAUGCAAAGAAAUGUCAGGAGAGGAAACAUGAGAUGGAGCCAGAAGCAAGGUCUUUGCUCAGCUUGUGUGCUGUGCGUCCUACCAUACUUGAUGGACGUGGGUAUUUGGUCCUCUGCGGCCACUGCAGACUGUCAGUCUGUGGGCAACAAGGAUUUACAAAGAGCAAGCCCACUCUUGAAAGAAGUGAAGAUGCGCCCUGAAGACAACCAGGGCAUGCAAUACAUCCUUGAACAGAUUCUACCAGUGGUGCAAAUGGCUGUGAAUGGGCACUCGAACUGGCUGUAACAGAGAGGGGGUCAAGUGUUGACUCAGUGGAAGCAUGAUUCAGAGACUUCAGGGUUUUGGAAGCUUGGGCUUUCUUAUUGAUGGAGUUGGAAAGAGUUUUCAACUAAAGAUAGGCAUUCAAUUUUUUGAUCUGCAAGGCCAUGAAGUUACAGAAACCAGGGUAAAGAACUGAGGGAUCAGUUUUAACAGGUUCUGUCACCAUUUUGUGGACAUACUCUUCAGACGGAGAGGAUGCAGGGCUGACGAGGGCGUAGUUAGGGGUAGGGUACCUCUUAGGUUUGCUAGCAUAUUUCUGUUAGAUGGGUACAGACUUCCAUGUGAACCUAAUUGGCCUCUCUGAACUGGUUUUAUUCACACUCCACAAAACGGGUGGCUUUUUUUUUUAAGUUUUCCCCCAACACCAACCAAUGCUUCAAUUCUCUGGACAUCAACUGAGACAUCACCUACAAUUCAAUUUAAUCUGACACUAAGUACCCAGAUUAAGGGCUCCAUCUUAUAAGACUGCUUCCAUGCCAGUCACAGGUCUCAGAUUGACACGUGUAUUUCUGACCAACUGGCUAUAAAAUCUGGGACUCCCUCUUCAGGUUUGAUAAUUUGCCAAAACACAUCACAAACCUUAGGAAAACAUUUAACUGAUGUUUACUGGUCUAAUAGAAAGGACAUUAUGAAAGAUACAAAUGAACAGCCAAAUGAAGAGGUACACAGGGUGAGAUCCAGAAGGGCCUUUAGCGCUGGAGCUUCUGUCCUGCAGAAGUGGGGUGUGCCACUUUCCCAGCACAAGGGUGCAUUCAUCAACCUAGAAACUCUUUAAACCCUUGCUUUAUGUAGGCAUGAUGGGUUAAAUCAUUGGCAUUAGUGAUUGGACUCAAUCUCUAGCCCUUCUCCCCUCCCCAGAAGUUAGGAGAUGGGACUGAAAGUUCUAAGUUUCUCAUUAAGGCUUGGUCUUUCUUAUGAACAACCUCCAUCCUGAAGCUAUCCAGGGGCCCCCAGAACCAGUCAUCUCACUAGCGUGUGAAAGACACUCAUUACUCUGAGGUUUUCAAGGGCUUUAUUUUAGGAGAUGUAUGCCAGGAAUCUAGGACAGAGACCAAAUAUUUAUUUAUUUUAUUAUAUCACAGCCUCAUUGGCCAAGGGACCGGGAAAAGUGGGGCUGAAGUGGGGAGUCACUUGGGGAAGAUGCCAUCUGCAUCUGAACACAGGGUCACAGGCUAGGCUGUGCUGUUAGGGUCGGAUUGUCACACCCAUGUCCUCACCAUCUUUUACCAUCAGUGUCCACCAUCUGGUGUGUGCCAAGCAUUUUCUGGGGGUAGUGUGAUGGGUACAUAGGUCACCUAGACAUUUUUUGCAUCACCAAGGAGCUCACAAUAUCAGAGGAAAUGCAUGUAAGCAACUGUCCAUAAUACAUUAUGGAAAGCCACAUUCAGAGGCUUGGGAAAGUGCUACGGGGACACAGAGGAGAGAGCCAUUAAUUAUGCCAAGAGGUUCGGGUAAGUUGUCCCAGGGGACAUUGCAUUGUCAGCUGGGCUGUGAAAGAUAAGCCAGGAUAUUAUCAAUGGAGACGAAGGAAGUAUAUUCCAGGUAGAGGAUACAACAUAAGCAGAGACCUUGAGUUGCAGGUGUUUAUUCAGGGAACAGUGAACUGAUCAGCAUGGUUAUAGCAUAAGGAGUCUAACCAGGAGCCAUCAGAUUGGCCAACACUAAUCAAACAUUUAUUAAAUGCCAGGGACUUUUUUUGUGCAUGUGAACUUAUUUAAUCCUAAGAACAAUCCCAGGAGGUAGUUCCCUAUGUUUUCCAGAGGAAGACAUAGAGGCUUAGAGAGGAAAUUGCCUAAGGUUGUUAAUAACCUGGAGCCAGGACUGCAGAGCAAACAGGAUGACUACGAUUGACCAGCAAGGCAGAGCGUAGGCCUGUCUAUCUCAAGCCACAGGCUGAUUUUUAGUCUUUGUCCGUCUCAGAGUCCCCUGAUGCAGGUUGUGCAGCAAGAUCCAUUUGGAUGCAGGAAGCAUAUUCUCAAAUUUUCUAUUUGCUUUGGUCUCAUCUUUUGAUGAUAACUUCUAGUGUGUUUCAUAGUGUACCCACCGUGUUAGUGCAUUAGAGCAGGUAUAUAAUUUAUAAAUAUAUAGGCAUGUAUAUUUUGGGGGGUUGUACUAAAAUAUUUUUUCCUGGAAGAACUGCAAAUCAAACAAGUUUAAAGACCAAUAGUCGAGGCCAGUCAUUUUCAAGUGUGGUUUCUUGACCAGCAGCAACAGUGUCACCUGGAAAUUGGAUAGAAAUGUGAGUUUCCAGGCCUUAUUACAGACUUAGUGGAUCAAAUACUCUGAGAGUCGGGGCCAGCAAUCUGUGUUUUCAUGAGUCACCCAGGUCAGACUCAUGGGUCUAGGCAAUACAGUUUUUAAGGUGGAAAGUGAGAUGGCUUAAUUUGAGUUCUAGAAAGAUCAUUCUAGUUGGAUUGAAAACAAUGAGAUACUAGAAAUGAGGAAUUCUUUAAAUGAGUAUUAAAAUGGUCAUGGCAAGAAUUGAGCAGGGCCUGAGUCAAGUAAGAGAAGUGGAUUUCAGAAAAAUUUAAAGGGACAAAUUAAAUAUGAAUGAAUUUGGGGGGUGAGAGAGAAAGAUUUAAAUCCAGAUAUGGCACCGAAUAUUCUAAUGUGCAAAAUUGCUGUCACCAUGUGUGCCUAGGUGUUAGUGUGGGUCACAGCCUAUGACAGCAGGAACUGAUCCUGAAUGACCCUGUUUAAUUUGAAGUGUGUGAAGGAUAUCUAGGAAGAGUAGGCAGUUGGCAACUUAGACUUUCAAAUUCAAAAGGGACAUGAAAUUUGGAAAUUUAUAUGUUAGAGUAAGAACAGCGCAUGUGUAGCAAUAGGAACACUGGACAUGGAUAAAAUGAGGAAGUUCUAUCUUCUCUAUAUUGAAGGAUGAGGCAAAAUCAUCUAUGAAGAAUGCAGAAGUGAGAUAAGAGCCUAAGUCAGGGACGAGUAUUCAGAGCAACAAAUGUCGGAAAGAGGAAGAGAAAGCAAAGUAUGAAAGAAAACUAACUUACUGGCAUGUUGACCUUUGAGACUGCGCUGGGCCCAUGGCAGGUGCUUGACGUGUGCUGGCUGCCUGGACAGUCCAGUGAGGGGUUUUUACCCUUUUGGUGCCAUAGAUUCCUUCUCUAGACUUAAGGAAGGCUACAGAUCAUUUUUCAGAACAAUUUUUUUAAAAUACAUAAAUUAAAAAUGAAACUGAUUAUAAGAAAAUAUUACCAAAAUAUCAAAAAUAAAUUUGGGAUACAGCAGAAUACAUAUU